AUGAUACUACGAGCGCCUUUUAAGGGGCUCCUCAAACUUGCAAGAUGCUACUCAACGGUUAAUGAGAUUCAGUUAUCCAAGACUAGAAACAUUGGAAUUAUUGCUCAUAUCGAUGCUGGGAAAACGACUACGACUGAGCGAAUGAUAUAUUAUAGUGGAAAGAGCAAUAGGAUCGGUAACGUUGAUGAGGGAGAUACCGUGACCGAUUAUUUACCAUCAGAAAGAGAGCGUGGAAUCACAAUACAGCUGGCAGCUAUUACAAUACCGUGGAAUAAUCAUAAGAUCAAUAUCAUAGAUACACCUGGUCAUGCAGAUUUUACUUUUGAGGUGAUGCGAUCAUUGAGAGUGUUGGAUGGAGCCGUUACUAUUCUCGACGCAGUUGCGGGAGUAGAGGCACAGACAGAAAAAGUAUGGAAACAAGCAAGUAGCUUGAAAUUGCCCAGGAUCGUAUACAUCAACAAGAUGGACCGUCCAGGAGCUGGGUUUAGUCGUACUUUGAAAGAAGUAAUCCAAAAGUUGGAGACAAGAGUUGUUUUAUGUAAUAUCCCCUAUUUCGAAGCUGUAGAACAAGAGAUGAAUUUUCGGGGAGUGAUUGAUGUAAUACACGGGAAACUUUUGAAAUGGAAGGAAACUGACGAGUCUGGUAAAGAUAUUGAAGUGGUGGAUGUCAAUGAUGCUAGUAGUGAAGUAUCCGAAAUUUAUAUUAAAGCCAAGGAGUAUAUGGUGGAAACUCUUGGAGACUAUGACGAUGCCAUUAUCGAUGCCUUUUUGGCAAAUAAUGAGCAACAUUCAAAACUCGAUCCAGCGCUAAUAAUGAAAACGAUUCGAAAUGCCACUAUUGACAAUUUUCUUACACCUGUAUUUUGCGGAGCUUCUUUUAGAAAUAUUGGCGUUCAACCUUUGAUGGAUGGAAUUACGAGUUAUUUACCAUCUCCAUUGCAGACCGUUUUGCCUGAAAUACAAAGUAAAAAGAAGAAGGAUAUUUCAAAGAAAAUGGGUCCCUCAGGUUUGAUUUUUAAUAACGAUCCAAGGCUCACAGUUGGAUUGGUGUUUAAAAUGAUGACACAUGCAACAAGGGGUCCAAUGACAUUUAUUCGUGUAUAUAGUGGAAAGCUAGUGGCUAACACCUCGCUAGUCAAUACGAGAACAGGGAAAAAGCACUUGAUCAGGAAACUUUUGAUUAUGCAUGGAGACCAACCAGAAGAAGUGAAACAUAUUGGUGCUGGAAAUAUAGGUGUUAUUCCAGGUUAUGAUACCGAAUUUCAAACUGGGGACACAAUUGUUGCUAGCUCUAUUACGGGCAAAAAAACAGUUGGCGCGAUGGAGUCAACGAUAAAACUUAUGCCAAUAGAUAUACCUCCUCUGUUGUUCAACUCCUGUAUCGAGCCUCACACCGCAGGAGAUGAAGCACAUAUGAAGAAAUGCCUAGAUAUUUUGGUUAGAGAAGAUCCAUCAUUGAAGGUACAUGUCGAUGAGCAAAUGGGACAAACUAUUCUUAGUGGAAUGGGUGAGUUGCAUCUUGAGAUUGUACGUGAUCGCUUGAUAAAUGAUAUGAAAGCCAAAGCCGAUUUACGUGAUGUUGCAGUUGCUUUCAAGGAAUCUUACAUCAGUAAAAAAGAUGGAACUAGUGAGUACGAGAGCGAAGAUAUACAGCUUAAGCUAACUCUCAGGCAUGUGGAGAAUUGCCGAGAUUACGAAGAAACAGAGGGAGCAGUGAUAUCUGAAGAUGAAAACAAUGUAAUCAUUGUUCCUGACUCAGCUACUUCUAACUCAGUGAAAACCACGUUGAGUGAUAGGAGAUGGAAGUGUCCCCAUUCUUUAGAACAAUUAAAGGAAGCUAUUGCGAAUGGGUGCUUAACGUCGUUGCAAACGGGCGGACCUGUUCUUGGUUUAACAUUACAUUCGACACUCGUUGAAGUUGAGUAUUGGAAUGCGCCCGUUGGAAAGAAUGAAGAGCUUAUAUCUGUUUUGAUGAACGCUGCUCGAGAAGCCAUCCAAAAAGUCAAGAGCAAUGAACUGAACUUUGACAUACUUGAACCAAUAAUGAAGGUCAAAGUAUAUGUCGACUCGGCGGAUUUGGGGGAGGUGUCACAUGAUUUAUCGCAAAGGUGUCAAGCAACAAUAUUAUCAGUAGAAGAUGAAUCUAUACACAAUAUUGAAAAUGUAAACUGGGCAAAUGAAGAGGCGGCAAAGGCUUAUUUACCGCCAGAUUAUACCUUAUCCAACAAGAACCAAACAAAAGACUACUUUUCCAAUAAGAAAGUAAUUAAAGCCGAAGCGCCUUUAAGAGAUAUGGUUGGUUACCUCUCAAAAUUAAGAGCUCUUACACAAGGAAGAGCGACGUUCGAUAUGACUUAUAUUGGAAUGAAAAGAGUACCUUCAAACAGAUUAGAAUCUAUAACCAGUCAUAAACUGGUAUAA